GAUCGGCUGAGUCCUUGGUACCUGAUCGGCUUAAUACAGGAUCUACUGACUUCAACAACUUCGGCCUAACUCUCUUUAAAACAAUGAAUUAUACAAGAUAUAUCUUAGCUUUUCAGCUUUGCGUGAUCUUGGGUUCUAGCUGCUAUUGCCAGUUCACAAUUUCUAGUGAAAUAGAAAAACUAAGGAACUAUUUUAACGCAAGUAGGACAGAUAUCGGGGAUAAUGGAACUCUCUUCUUAGAUAUUUUGAAUAAUUGGAAAGGGGAGAAUGACAUAAAAAUAAUUCAGAGCCAAAUUGUCUCCUUCUACUUCAAACUCUUUGAAAACUUCAAAGGUAACGAGAACAUUCAGAGCAGCAUGGAGGUGAUCAAGGAAGAACUGCGUGUUAAUUUCUUCAACAGCAGCAACGACAAACUAAAAGACUUCAACAAGCUAAUUCAAAUUUCAGUAAAUGAUCAGAGCGUCCAGCGCAGAGCAAUUUUUGAACUCAACCAAGUGAUUCAUGUGCUGUCACAAAAACCUAGCUCAAGGAAGCGGAAAAGGAGUCAGAAUGUGUUUCGUGGCUGGAGAGCAUCGAAAUAA